UGGAAAAUGCUGCCCACCACUUACGGAUCAUCAGCUGUGACGUGUACAGGCAGGGUCAGGGUGAAGCAGAAGCAGGCCCAUCCCAUGCGCCGCCGCCUCCGAGUACGUCUCCGAUCCAGCACUUGCCUGGAAACUCCGGCGGCGAGCCCAGCUCACACACACAACACAGCCCCCGACCGCCGGCCGCGCCGAUAUUGACAUGCGGCAUGAUGAGAUGUACCUAGUAUAUAUAAAGUCAUUGACUGACAGCCUCACACAUACAACGUACCGUUGCCUCUUCCGAUCCUCCUCAACCAAUGGCCGCCGCGCCACUGCCACCGGACGACUUGUUUCUCGUCCAUCCCGACCCACCAUCUCCCUCCGUCUUCCUCGACCUCCCGCCGGCGCCGCCCAACGACGACGACGACAUGGUGCUCCCGUACAUCUCGCACUUGCUCAUGGAGGAGGAGGACGCCCACGCUGAGAGCUUCUUCUACCAGUACCCCGACCACCCCGCGCUGCUCCACGCACAGCAGCCCUUCGCCGACAUCCUAGCCGACGUCUCCUCUGCUAGUGCUAGUGCUACCACCUCGCCAUCUGACGACUCUGACCAUUCGCCCACCGGCAACGGCAGGGAUGCAAAUGCAGCAGACAUGGCCACCUCCGCCUUCCUCAAGGGUAUGCAGGAGGCCACCAACUUGUUGCCAUCAGUAUUGUCAACCAACAACUCCACUCUGCUCCUCAACCACGCCUGCAAGAACAGCCACGCUGCUGCCAGGGACGACGACGGCGACCCGGACCCAGAGUCGCGCAGGGCCGCCAAACUCAUGCUGCCGGCCGAGCCGGCGGACGAAGCCGACGCUCGCCGGAUGUUCGACCAACUGAUGAUCCACGAGCGCGACGACAUCUGCAUCAAGAUGAAGGGCGUGCCGCAGCACCAGCAGCAGGGCCAGGGCGUAGACGACGACAAUCCCACGCAGCGCCGGCGACGCCUGCGGAGGCGCCGCAGCACCAGCACUACAUCCACUGACACGGUGGUGGACCUGCACGCGCUGCUGCUCCGGUGCGCGCAGGCCGUGGCCACGGACGACCGCGCGGCCGCGCAGGACCUCCUGGCGCACAUCCGGCGCCACUCCUCGGCCACGGGCGACGCCGCGCAGAGGAUGGCGCACUGCUUCGCUGAGGGCCUGGAGGCGCGCCUCGCCGGCACGGGCAGCCGCCUCUACCGCUCGCUCAUGCUCCGCCGCACCUCCGUCGCCGACUUCCUCAGGGCCUACCGCCUCUACAUGGCCGCCUGCUGCUGUAAGAAAGUGGCGUUCACCUUCUCCAACAAGACCAUCCACGACGCCGUUGCCGUUGCCGGCGGCGCCAGCAGCCGCAGGCGCCGGCGCCUGCACAUCGUCGAUUACGGCCUCGGCUACGGCUUCCAGUGGCCCGGACUGCUGCGCAGCCUCGCGGUAAUGGAGGGCGGUCCGCCAGAGCUAGUCAGGAUCACCGGCAUUGACCUGCCGCAGCCUGGCUUCCGGCCGGCGCGCCAGAUCGAGGACACCGGCCGCCGCCUCAGCGAUUGCGCGCGCCAGCUCGGCGUGCCGUUCGCGUUCCGAGGGAUCGCGGCGAAGCGAGAGGACGUGUCUCCCGAGGACCUGCACAUCGAUCCAGCUGCCGAGGUGCUCGUCGUGAUCAGCCUCUGUCAUUUCAGGCUGCUGGCGGACGAGAUCGACAUCAUCAGCGGCGCCGCCGUCGCCGGGCCUGGGCGCCGCCGUCGUCCCAGCCCCAGGGACGAGGUGCUCGGCAACAUCCGUCGGAUGCGGCCCGACGUGUUCAUCCACGGCGUCGUCAGCGGCGGCUACGGCACCACCUACUUCCCGACGCGGUUCAGGGAGGCGAUGUUUUACUACUCGGCGCAGUUCGACCUGCUGGACGCCACCGUGCCACGAGACAGCCCGGAGAGGCUGCUGCUGGAGAGGGACAUCUUCGGCCGCGCCGCCAUGAACGUCGUCGCGUGCGAGGGCACGGAUCGCGUGGAGCGCCCCGAGACGUACCGGCAGUGGCAGGUGCGGAACCAGCGCGCGGGGCUCAGGCAGCUGCCGCUGGAGCCUCACGUCGUCAAGGUGGUGAUGGACAAGGUGAAGGACAACUACCAUAGGGACUUCGUCGUCGACGAGGAUCAGCGAUGGCUGCUGCACAGGUGGAAAGGCCGUGUUCUCUAUGGCCUCUCCACAUGGGUUGCAUGCUGAACGCUCAUCGAUGAACGAACGAUGAUGCAUGCUACCUCAACGUACAACAUUUAGGGAAUGUUUGGUUGAGAUUGUUAAAGUUCAACGUAUUGUAGCAUUUUCGUUUUAUUUUAGCAAUUAGUGUUCGAUCAUGAACUAAUUAGGCUCAAAAGAUUCAUCUCGCACAUUAGUUUCUAGCUGUAUUUUUAGUUUUGCAAAUAGUCUAUAUUUAGUACUUCAUGCAUGUGUCCAAACAUUUGAUGUGAUGACCAGUAAACUUUACUGCACUCAACCAAACAGGCCCUUAAUUAAGUUA